GAGGCGCAGAGCAGGGUUAAAUAAUCGAUCGGCGGAACUGAGUAGGUCUAUACUUAACGAAUCAGUGAUGGAAGGGACAAUAGUGAUUUGAUUAGUGAGAAUUUCCGGAUAUGUCUGAUUUGCAUUCUAUUACACAAGAGGAAAACAUCCGGUUAAACCACAAGCAAUACACAACUUCUGAGAUAUCAGCUCUUCUGUGAUGGAGGUGCAAAAAGAGGUUCGACUAACGUCAGGCAUGGAAUCUUCACUCAGGCUUCCAACAAUAGGAGAGUACUAUGCUGGAAAAAAUGUAUUUUUGACAGGAGCCUCUGGAUUCAUUGGCAAAGUGCUAAUUGAAAAACUUUUAAGGAGUUGUCCUAAUGUGAACAAAAUUUUCAUGUUGAUGCGGCCCAAGAAAUCUCAAGACAUCGAUCAGCGAGUGGAAGAAAUUUGUAAAUGUCCAGUGUAUGACAAACUGAGGAAGGAACAACCCAACUUUCAUGAGAAAUUAGUCCCUAUUUAUGGUGAUAUGACAAUACCAGAACUAGGAAUAAAACCAGAAGAUCUGAAAUUACUAAGUGACAGUGUAAAUGUUGUGUUCCACAGUGCUGCUACUAUACGAUUUGAUGAACAUCUAAGGAUUGCAGUGGAAAUGAAUGUGGUGGGAGUAAGAAAGAUGAUCAUAUUAUGUAGACAAUUUAAACAUCUUGAGGUAUUUCUGCACAUUUCUACAGCAUAUGCAAACUGUGAUCGUCCAUUUAUUGAGGAAAUGGUAUAUAGUCCACCAGUGGAUCCUCAGAAAUUAAUAAACAUUUUAGAAUGGAUGGAUGAUGACAUGAUUACCUCAAUAACUCCAAAGCUAAUUAGUAAUAAACCCAAUACUUACACCUACACCAAACACUUGGCUGAGCAUCUGCUGAUCAAAGAGGGCUCAGAUCUCCCUCUGGCUAUUGUCAGGCCUUCUAUUGUAGGAGCUUCAUGGAAGGAGCCUGUGCCAGGCUGGAUAGACAAUUACAAUGGACCCAGUGGAUUAUAUGUAGCAGCUGGGAAAGGAAUUUUGAGAUCCAUGAAAGGAGACUACCGUGGGGUGGCUGACAUAAUUCCUGUGGAUAUUCCUGUAAAUAUGAUCAUUGCUGCCAGCUGGUACACUGCAGUGACCAAGCCCAGUUCCUGCCUUAUCUACCACAGCACCACAGGCUCUGUCAAUCCAUUCACCUGGGGAGAAUUAGAAGGCGUUGUUAUGAAUUUCUGGAAGAAGGUGCCUCUUGAUUCUUGCUUUAGAAGACCAAAAGCAGCACUCACCAGCUCUUGGUUCCUCCACGAUUUCUACACAUUUAUUGAACACAUGCUGCCAGCCUAUAUUGCAGACCUUGGAUACUGUCUGAUUGGGAAGAGACCAAGGAUGGUGAAGAUUUACAAUCGUUUACAUAAGGCUAUUGGAACUUUGACAUACUUCACCAUGCAUUCCUGGGAGUGGUCUUACAGCAACCUGGACAUGCUGACUAGCCACAUGUCUACUGAGGACAAGAAGUGCUUUUACUUUGAUCCACGUGGUCUUCAUUGGCCUACAUAUAUUGAAAACUACUGCCUUGGAACAAAGAAAUUCCUAUUGAAUGAGGACUUAUCAGGACUCCCAGCUGCAAAAGCUCACUUGAGAAAAUUGAGAAAUAUCCGCUACUGUUUCAACACUAUUCUACUGAUUGCACUUUGGAGAAUUCUCAUUGCCAGGUCCGAGCUGGCCAGAAAUCUAUGGUAUCUUAUUAUUGGCUUGAUGAACAGAUUUGUGAAAUUCUUUCGACUUACAAGUACCAUUCACAAGCAGUGAAAAAAUCCCCUCAUACUAAAGCAUUUCUAAGCAUUGACAACCAAUCCACGGAAAGCAUCUCUGCAAAGUCUCUUCUUCAGAAUUCCACAUGAAAAUAAUUUUUUCAUAAGACAUAAUGGUUUUAUUGGAAAGAUUUUUGAACAUUCCACAAUUCCAGCUGUCAGAAUGAUUUAUGUUGUGUAUUAUGAAUACACAGCGUGAGUGUAGGUUCUGUUGCAGAUAUGCUAGAAUUUGACAAACGUCAGCAACUAGACCAGAACAAACAGAAAUUUACUAUUACUGGUAGAUGUUGUAUAUGCAUGCAAAAGCAAUCUUAUUUAUAGUAUGCCAUGCAAAUGUAUGUUCUAUGACUUAUUGAUGAUUAAAAAGUUACACAAAUAUA